AUGGACGACGGCCCUCUUCUCCCCCAAACCGUAUACGACCCCAAUGGCCGGUCUCGACCGCUCGUGGCCAUGCCCGGGCGAGUUGGAAGUGUACGAAGCAGGCAACCUGCCACUCGAACCAUUCGACCGGACGCACACGAUAGUUUCAGAGCAUCCUACGUACCGCUCGAUGAGCCGGGAUCCACGAACCCGCCAACUCAGACCUCCUCCCCUGCACAUAUAAGACCACCUGCUCAAGCCGUAAUUCCGCCUCUGGACUUGGGAAAUGACGGCCUUGGACUCAACGACCACAACACCUCGCCCUCAGUCGUGUCCUUCUUGAAUCAGAACGGCUUUCCACAGCCACAAGCUUCUCAGCAAUCAAACACCACUGUGAUCGGGCAAUACAGCUACGAGGUUAGCUUAGACCGCGGCUACUUCAACAACUUCCUCCCAUCUCCGAAACAGCCUGAGAGAUACCAAGGACUCAGCUGGCACAUGAACAAAAGUCCUUUGGUGAACGACUCCAAGGAUAUUCCCGAACACAUGUCUGCCAUAUCUUCGACCCGCUCUGCGGACAGCAACACGUCUCUCAUGAAAGGCAGCUCUGGGUUUGAGAAGAGCGUGGAGGACCUCACACUGAUACAACGGGCACGGAAAGCGAAACUGACGACAAUUUUACUUGCCAUUAUCGCCAUCAUUCUCUUCCUCGAGGAAUGCGUCAUGGGCGCGGUAUGGGCAUUGUUGCUUUCCAAACGGUCUAACGGGGCAAAUGCCUUUGCAAGAGGCUACUUCGAGAGCAAGGCCAUGAACUUCGUUGGAUCGGCCAUCGGAGCUCUCCUCGGACUCACAAUCCAAUGGUUCCUCCACCCGAAGCUCUCCCAAAGCCGGGUUGCACUCCAGCUAUGGAGCUUUGUACUCAUCUUCCUGAUCUACAUGGGCUGCUGUAUUGCGGCGGGCAUGGCCAAGAGACUUGAAUAUUGA